AUGCAGAUGGGGCGGAUCCUCAUCUUCGGCACCGGCCUGGCCGCCCUCACCGCCACCACGGCACUCACCUGCCUGUCAGUCAUCCUGGCCGUGCACGUGGCCGCCUCGCCGGCCCUGAAGACGGCCUCGAUCCUGGCAGCCUCCUUCCAGGCCCUCAUCGGCCUCAUGCUCGCCUGCCUCAUCCUGUCCAUCCUGUCGAACCGUCUGGCGAGCCUGCUCGGCCGGGCACCCGCCGCCAGCCUGUCCGUCUUCGUCGUCCUGGCCGGGCUGGCCUGCGUCGUCGGCACCGCCGCCUCCGUCGUCUGCGCAUCCUGCCUGGCCAGCACGGCGCAGGACAUCCGACCGGGAAGACCCAGGAGCUCGUUCCUCGCCGCCGAGGCGGUCAUGCUCGCCCUGUCUGCCCUGUGCCAGUUCGGCUUCCUGGCAGCCUACUACGUGCACUGCCGCCGCCGACGCGGCCUCUCCACCACGACCUGCAACGCUGCCGACUCGCUCUGUACCGCCACCGACGACGACAGCCCCCGCUCCUCUCCCAAAUCCCGCGUCAAGAGCAUCCGGUACAGCCGCGUGCGUCCCUCGGCGGCGGCGGCGACCGCAGCGGCAGCGUCAGCGGAAGCGGCAGCGGCGGCGGCAGCAGCAGCUGGUAGCCGCCCUUGCAGCAGCUCCACCGACUCCAUCGACAUGCACUCCCUCGACAGCCGUCACCGGUGGCCCGGGUCCCACCGCACCAUCCAUCCCACCACGUCGAGGACCCAGCUCCUCGACCGCCAGCGAAGCCUGUCGCGCGUCGACUCCGUGGCCAGUCUGACCAGCAGCGCCGGCUCGGCAGCAGCGUGGGACGCGCAGUCCGUCCUCGGCCACACGACCACGACCCGCUCCACCUCCUCCCCCGUCAUCAUGUCCGGCGCCGGGCAGACGAGGCCACGUCCCCCUCCGCUCACCCUGCAGCAGAGGGGCAGGAGCGUCAGCGCCACCACUGCUGCUGCUGCUGCUGCUGCUGCGGCGGCGGCGGCGGCGGCGGCGGCAGGUGUAGGAGCAGGUUCAGGUACGGCAGCAGCAGAGCUGGAUAUCCACCCCCUCUUCCGUUCCGACUCGAGGAACCCUCCUCCGGUUGCCAGCCCGGGAACGAGCGUCAGGGCGUCCCCGGACGCGGGCAGAAUCAUCCCCCACCACGCUAGCCACUCGUCUCUCAGGCGGCUGGCGAGCGCGGGCUCCCUGGCGUCCGCCAGCCCCCUGAGCAGGCAGAGCUCGUUCGAGACCCUCUAUGGGAGCGCGAGGAGGAUGCAGGUCGACGGCGGGGCGGGGAGCAUCCUCGAGGUCGACGAGGAUGACGAGAACGAUGAGAAGAGGUCGUUGACGGCCGAUGAGCCGCUCACCCCGCCCAUACCCGAGUUCGUGCUCGGUGCUGGGUCGAGAUUGAGCUUAACGCGGUAUAAUAGCAGGAAGCAGGAUAACGGUCAGAAGUGA